AUGAUCGACCUCCUCAUGCUCCAGCCCGACAAGGGCGGCGACCCGCAGGUGGUCAAGGACUCGCAGCGCAAGCGAGGAGCGCCCGAGGAGCUCGUCGACCAGGUCCUCGACAUGUACAAGCACUGGGUCUCGCUCCAAAAGGAGAUUGACGCCGUCCGAAGAGAGGUCAACACCACCCAGGCCGAGAUCACAAAGAAGCGAAAGGCAAAGGAGAAUGCCGACGAGGAGAUGGCCAGGAAAAAGGAGCUCGACGCAAAGGUCGCAGAGCUCAAGCCCACCGUCGCCCAGGCAGAGGCCGACAUGAGGCACAAGGCCUCGACCAUUGGCAACAUCGUCGGCGACCGCGUCCCCAUCUCCCAGACCGAGGAUGACAACGCCGUCAUCCGCACCUGGCACCCGGACGGCCCCAACGCAAAGGUCGAGAAAAAGACCGACAUCCUCUCCCACCACGAGGUCAUGUACCGCCUCGAGCUCUUUGACACCGAGCGCGGCACAAAGAUUGCCGGCCACCGCGGCUUCUUCCUCACCGGCGACGGCGUCGACCUCAACCAGGCCCUCAUCAACUACGGCCUCGACUUCCUCCGCAAGAAGAGCUACAAAAAGAUCAUGACGCCCUUUAUGAUGCGCAAGGACGCCAUGAGCAAGACGGCGCAGCUCGACCAGUUUGACGAGGAACUCUACCACGUCACGGGCGACGAGGACGACAAGUACCUCAUUGCCACGUCCGAGCAGCCCAUCUCGGCGUACCACUCGGACGAGGUCUUCACCGAGCCCGCCAAGCAGCUGCCCAUCCGCUACGCCGGCUACUCGACCUGCUUCCGCAAGGAGGCCGGCUCGCACGGCAAGGACACCUGGGGCAUCUUCCGUGUCCACCAGUUUGAAAAGGUCGAGCAGUUCUGCAUCACCGACCCGGCCUCGUCGUGGGACAUGCUCGAGGCCAUGCUGGCCAACUCGGAGGAGUUCUACCAGUCGCUCGGCCUCGCCUACCAGGUCGUCGCCAUCGUCUCGGGCGCGCUCAACAACGCCGCCGCCAUGAAGUACGACCUCGAGGCGUGGUUCCCCUUCCAGGGCGAGUUCAAGGAGCUCGUCUCGUGCUCCAACUGCACAGACUACCAGUCGCGCCGCCUCGACGUGCGCUGCGGCUUCAAGAAGCCCGGCGACUCGAAGCAGACCUUUGUCCACAUGCUCAACGGCACCCUCUGCGCCACCGAGCGAGCCCUCUGCUGCCUCGUCGAAAACUGGCAGACGCCCGAGGGCCUCCGGAUCCCCCCGCCCCUCCAGCCCUACAUGCAGGGCCGCGACUUCCUCCCUUUCACCCGCGAGCUCCCCAAGAGCGCCGCCAAGGGCAAGAAGUAG